AUGGAGCACCCCGACGAAGAAGGGCUGGAUGCGCUAGAAAAUCAGGAAAGUACGUCGGACAGCGAGAACGAUGCUGUAUUGACACCUCGCAAACGAUUCAAAAAGCUGCAAAGUAAUGGGUUGUCUGUUGCUGAAUCUAGCAUGGCAAACGAUGGAGAUUACAUCACUGACGAGAGAACGGAUGGCCUGACAGAUCUGGAUAAGAUGCACGAAUACGUGCGUACUUCCCACGGUAUCCAGCUCGAGGUCGUGCGUUUCCAGUGCGUCCCGCUAAAGGCCUCCAUCCUUGGGCGAGCUUUGGAUUUGAGAGUCCUGCAACGUAUCACUCUUCUAGAUACAGGGCCUCAAGACGCUUUUUGGUCUUUGCUUGUGAAGCUUACCAACUCCGACUCUCCAAUAGCUUUCAAGAGUAUCCAUACGGAUAACGUGACCUUCCCACUGCUGAAGUAUCUCUCGACUUAUGCCGGUCUUGAGGAACUCUUUCUUCAUGAACGGAGGACCAAGUCAACCGAGAAUGAUCCAAGAACUGGCGUGGACAUCACGAGCAUCCGUAAGCAGGCACUCAGACCACAUCUGAAAAGUCUGAGACGUGUCAUGGCUCGGAACGAGAGGAACGAAUCUUGGGAUUUUGACCUCAAGACUCUACACGUGCUCGCUAUGCAAGCGCAGCAAUUAGAGGAGCUGGCGCUCAAUCUGAAAAGUCAUGUGUAUCACAGCUUACUGCAAAUACUCCCAGCUUUCCGAUCACUCCGUGCUCUGCACCUUAUCGUGCUGAGAGCUGGCGACCGAGGCGGCUCGAUUCCUUUCGAAAGCCUGUCGUAUUCAAUUGAUAUCCUUUCGCAAUGUCCCGAUCUACGACUGAAGUAUAUUGCCAUAGGAGAACGAGUGACGGACCUUGCCGGCCAUGAAAAAUUCCGGCUCCAGCUAAAGAACAUGAUGACCAGCGGUCAAGGAGGGCAGGAGGAGAAUCAGUCGAAGAAAAAGGGCAAAGGCAAGGCUGUUGAAUCUCUGUCCGUAGAGCCGGAUGGGUUGUCAGACCACGAGAUGAAUGACAAGCUCGCCAAGGUGGAGCAUGCACAGAAAAGACUCCGGGUGAUUCGGCGAUUUGAAGAGGUUGAAAGCGUCCGAAUAUUCUGGCUGGAUUUGCGGAAGGGAAGGAUUUGA